CCUGUCUCUGAAUUAGCCACAUAUUACAGAGUAGUAGGCAUUAGCUUUGUUUUAGCUCGCCAAAGUUAGAUAAUAAUGAAUGAAAAAAGUAAAUCAAACUCCUUAGUUAUAGACGGCGAUGCAAAUCAAUCACCUGCCCCAUUUACCAGAGAAAUACCUCGAGUAUUAGAUCCACCGAGCAGUAAAUCUGCUCCCAUUCAUUGGGACCAUUGUGAAUUUUCUGAAUGUCACUUGGUUGAUGGAGGUGAGGAAAAAUAUCUUGAUGAACACAUACAGUAUCGUACUGCCAGUCCUGAAGAUGACAAGAAAUGUCAUGUUGAAUUUGGAAUUGUGAACGUUUGUCAACAAUUUAUAGACGAAGAUAAAGAAGAACAUAUAAUUAAGGUUGAAGAAAGUAACUCAAAUUCUUCAGUUAUAGAAGGCGAUAUAAAUCAACCACUUGCCUCUUUUAAUGGGGAAAUGCCUGGAAUGUUAGAUCUGACAAGCAUUAAAUCUGAACCGGUUCACUGGGAGCAAUAUGAAUUUCCUGAGUGUCAUUUUGUUGGUACAAGUGAAGAAAAAUAUUUUGAUAAGAUAAUACAGCAUGUUUAUAAUGAUCAUACGUACUGUCGCAAAUAUGACGAAAAAUUGCAUGUUGAAUUAAGAAGGAACAAUUCUGAGCAAUUUAUAGAAGGAGUUCAUGAUAGAGAAGAAUAUAUAAUUGAGAAUGAAGAAAGUUACUCAAAUUCUUCAGCUAUUGAAAUGAAUGCAAGUCUAUCACCUACCUGUUUCACCAAAGAAAUUCCAUCCAACAGUAAAUCACUUCUUUCAAAUGCCAACCUUGAACAGCAUAUCGACUUGGUCCAUUUGAAAGUCAAGGAAUACAAGUGUCAUCUAUGUGAAUAUGUUACAACUAGAAAGGUGUGCCUUGAAAGACAUGUCGAGAGUGUUCAUUUGGAUAUUAAGAACCACACCCACCCGAAAUCUGUUCAUUUUAGUGUCAAGGAAUACAAGUGUAAGCAAUGUGAAUAUUCUUCAAGUAGAAAAGGGGACCUUCAAAAGCAUUUUGACUCUAUCCAUUUGAGUACCAAAAAACUAAAAUGUCAUUUAUGCGAGUAUGUUACAAAUAGAAAAGACACCCUUCGAAACCAUGUCGACGUAAUACAUCUAAAUAUCAAGAAACACCAAUGUCGCUUCUGUGAUUAUUCUGCUUAUAUGAAGAAGUAUCUUCAGAUACAUUUAAAAUCUGUUCAUUUGAAUAUCAACGAUUACAAGUGCCACUCGUGCGAGUACGUUACGAACUUAAAAAAAUCCCUUCAAAGGCAUAUUGCCUCUGCUCAUUUGAAUUUCAAGGGACACAAAUGUAACUUAUGUGAAUGUGUUACAAAUACAAAAGUCAACAUGAAACUUCAUGUUAACAGUGUUCAUUCUAGAAUUAAGAAUCACAAGUGCCAUUUGUGUGAAUAUACUUCGUCUGCAAAAAAAUAUCUUGAAAAACAUUUAAAAUCUGUUCAUUUGAAUAUUAACGAUCACAAGUGCCACUUAUGCGAGUUUGUUACAAAAAGAAAAUACUGCCUUCAACAGCAUGUCGAAUCUGUCCAUUUAAAUAUCAAGAAACACAAAUGUGAUUUCUGCGAGUAUGUUACAAAUAGAAAAGACACCCUUCGAAAGCAUGUGGACUCUAUUCAUUUAGGCAUUAGGGAACAGAAAUGCCAUUUAUGCGAUUAUGUUGCAAAUAGAAAAUCCACCCUUCGAAAGCAUGUUGACUCUAUUCAUAUAAAUAUCAAGAGACACAAAUGUCACUUCUGUGAUUAUGCCGCAAAUGAGGAAAAAUAUCUUAAAUUGCAUUUAGAUUCUGUUCAUUUGAAUAUUAAGGAUUACAAGUGUCAGCUAUGCGGGUAUGUUUCAAGUAGGAAAGGGGACCUUCAGAAGCAUGUCGACUCGGUUCAUUUGGACUUGAAGGAACACAAAUGUCAUUUAUGCGAAUAUGAUACAAAUAGAAAAGACAGCCUUCGCAAUCAUAUUAACUCUUUUCAUUUGAAUAUCAAGAAACUCUUGAGUUAGGCUUGAAAUUGACUUUAAAUAAUGACAGGCAUAUUCAUAGCUUAGGUUAAGAUGUUAGACAUCUUAGCUUAUGUACAUAAUUAUUAUUGUUAUAAUAUGUAUUCAUGUAAUUCAUAUUUUUAAGUUUAUUGGUUGUACCUUUCAUUUGAAUUGAUAGGGGAAUGGAAUCAUACAGUGUAAAAUUCAGUAUGUACAUAUAAGAAAUAUAUACCCCUAUCAAUUAUUUGACGAAAUUUUGUAUUUGUCUCUGACAGUAAUUGCUUUCAAUAAAGUUUGCCGUACUUGUACAUCAUGA